AUGGAUAGCAAGAAUAUACAAAAGAAUGCCAUGCACAAAAGUGCAGAAUUUACUUUCACUCCACCUCCUGAAGCACCCGUGUUUGAACCGACGCCCGAAGAGUUUUUAGAUCCUCUCGGAUAUAUAGCAAAAAUUCGUCCAGUCGCGGAGAGGACAGGCAUUUGCAAAAUAAAGCCUCCAUCGCGCUGGCAGCCACCAUUUUCAUUAGAUGUGGACAAAUUAAAAUUUGUUCCUAGGAUACAAAAAGUAAACGAGUUAGAAGCUAUAACGCGCCUCAAACUUAUAUUCCUCGAAAAAAUUUUAAAAUUUUGGGAACUUCAAGGAUCUCCGUUAAAAAUUCCUAUGAUUGAAAACAAAUCAUUAGAUUUGUAUUGUCUAAAAUUUUGGGUCGAUGAGGAAGGCGGCUUUGAGGCAUGUAACAAUCCAAAAAAAUGGCGUAAAAUUGCUAACGCCAUGGGUUACAGUUUUCAUGCGAAUACAUUGGCUUUUUUAAGAAGCAAUUAUGAAAAAAUCCUGCUUCCUUACGAAAUUUUUGAGAAAAGUAAAGCAGAUAUAUUGAAAACUGUCAAAAAGACUGAACCCAAAAUUGAAAUAAAGGAAGAUGAAGUAGGUAAGCCUCAAAUAACAGAAGUACCAAUAGAAAGAAUAACUAAAAUGAAAACAGACUAUGAAUUUAAGGAAGAGAAACCUCAUACAAGUAUUAAGAAAACAAAGACAGGAUCUGAUAUUAAACAAGAUGUGGACAACUUUAAGAAUAAAAUAGAUAUCGAAAAAGUGACACCAAACAGAGAAUUAAGAAGGUUAGCUUGUUAUGGGCCUGGGCCAAAAAUGCCUGGAUUAAACGAUGAAGAAUUUGAUAUUACAAAAUCUAGAAAGCGACCUCGAUAUGAUCUUGAUCCACUAGCAGUGUACCAAUGUGCUAUUUGCCAGAAAGACAAUAGAGAUGAUCUGCUUUUGAUUUGUAAUGGAUGUUCUGAUACCUAUCAUACAUUUUGUUUGAGGCCACCACUGAAUGCCGUACCAGAUGGGGAUUGGCGUUGUCCUUGUUGUAUUGCUGAAGAAGUUCACAAGCCUGCUGAAGCAUUUGGCUUUGCUCAGGCAGAAAGAGAAUAUACUUUGCAACAGUUUGGGGAAAUGGCAGACAAAUUUAAAUCGGAUUACUUUGCUAUGUCUGGUCAUCUAGUACCAACAACAGUAGCUGAAAAAGAAUUUUGGAGAAUUAUUUCAUCAGUGGAGGAAGAUGUAACUGUAGAGUAUGGUGCAGAUUUACAUUCCAUGGACCAUGGGUCUGGGUUUCCUACAAAAUCUUCAAUAAAUCUUUAUCCUGGUGACCAAGAAUAUGUAGAUUCAGGAUGGAAUCUAAACAAUUUACCUGUUCUGGAUGGCUCUGUGUUAAGAUUUAUAAAUGCAGAUAUAUCUGGUAUGACUGUACCAUGGAUGUAUGUUGGAAUGUGCUUUUCUGCAUUUUGCUGGCAUAAUGAAGAUCAUUGGAGCUACUCCAUUAAUUAUUUACAUUGGGGUGAGGCUAAAACUUGGUAUGGAGUACCAGGUAGCGGAGCAGAGUUAUUGGAAACGGCUAUGAAGGCAGCAGCUCCUGAACUUUUCAAAUCACAGCCAGAUUUGUUACAUCAACUAGUAACAAUUAUGAAUCCAAAUAUUUUAAUGGCUGCUGGUGUACCAAUUUAUAGAACUGAUCAACAUGCUGGAGAGUUUGUAGUCACCUUUCCCAGGGCAUAUCAUGCAGGUUUUAAUCAAGGAUACAAUUUUGCCGAAGCUGUCAAUUUUGCACCUCCUGACUGGUUAAAGAUUGGACGUGAGUGUAUAACACAUUAUAAAAAUCUAAAGCGUUUCUGUGUCUUUUCCCAUGAUGAACUUAUUUGUAAAAUGGCCUUAGAAGGAGAUCGGUUAGAUUUGGAAACAGCUCUGGAAACACAAAAAGAAUUAGUGAAGGCUACUGCUGAAGAAGGUUCAUUGAGAGCUAAAAUGUUGAAAAAAGGUCUUACAAGAACACAUAGAACUGCAUUUGAGCUGUUAGGUGAUGAUGAAAGACUUUGCGAAGUGUGUAAAACAACAUGUUUCUUAUCUUCUAUGUCUUGCAUGGAUUGUAAACAUAUGGUGUGUUUGCAACAUGCAGAUGAUUUAUGUCAAUGCCCCAUGGAGAAGAAGACAUUAAACUUCCGAUAUGAUAUGGAUGAACUGCAUAUCAUGUUGCAAACUAUAGAUUUUAGAGUCAAUAGUUUUGACAAGUGGAUGACUGAAACAAAGAACAUUCUACUUCCUACUGCUCCGGACAUUGGGCGGCUACAGAAGCUUAAAGUUUUAAUAGAUGAAGCUGAGGAACUUAAAAUACCAAAGUGUGGUUUAUUAGCACAACUGAGGCAAGAGUAUACAAAGGCAACAGAAAAUGUUGAACCAAUUGUUAUAGAACUAGACGAUGAUUGA